AUAAGUUACCUUUCGAAACUAGCCUACCUUGAUCUUUCUUACAAUAAUUUUUCUGGAUAUAUCCCACCAGAAAUAGGUUCCGCUACAAGUUUGCGCGGACUAGACAUUGGUUAUAAUCAAAUUAUUGGUUCAGUUCCUACUUCUUUGUGUAAUCUGAGCAACCUGACCUAUCUACUCUUAUAUGAAAAUCAACUUUCUGCAGACUAACGUCUCUUGCAGACUUGGCACUACAGAAAAACAAUCUCGUCGGUCCGAUCCCUACUUCUUUAUGUCAUUCUACAUUUGGAACCUUAUCUUCCUUGAAAUAUCUCGACAUGUCAGAUAAUAAGCUCAUCGGACCGAUACCCAGACAACUCGGAUACAUUCCAUCUCAGAUUGGAAACUUGGAUUCAUUACAGUAUAAAUUGGAUCUCAGUCAAAAUGAGCUUGCAGGGGAGAUACCAUCCGAUCUUGGAAAAUUAAACAAAUUGGUAGAGCUAAAUCUAUCUCACAACAAGCUUUCGGGUUCAGUUCCGAACUCUUUUAGUGAAAUGCUUAGCUUGACCGUUGUUGAUAUUUCGUAUAACGAAUUAAGCGGUCCUAUUCCAAACAUCAAGGCUUUUACGGAUGCUUCAAUUGAUGCAUUGAGGAGCAAUCGAGGUUUAUGUGGUAAUCACUCUGGUGGUCUGAGACCAUGUAAUUCCUCGGUUACGAAUGCAAUACAGGAGGCCAACUCUGACAAACUUGCAGGCGUAAAAAUUCUAGUUCCAUUGUUCGGUUUAUUGUUCAUUUUUUUUGUAGUUCUUGCUUUUCUUUUUCGGUUCCGAAAAAGAUUAGGUAGAAAUGUUGAACAUCAAGAUGAAUCUAAAGCUACGAAUACUGGGAUAAAUCUAUUCUCGAUAUGGAAUUAUGAUGGGAAACUAGUGUUUGAAGAUAUACUUGAUGCAACAGAGAAUUUUGAUACCAAAUAUUGCAUUGGGACGGGAGGGUAUGGGAGUGUUUACAAGGCAGAGUUAUCGACAGGUCAGGUUGUUGCUGUGAAGAAACUUCACUUGUCAGGUGAAGAUUCUGAAAUAGUCGAUCUCAAGGCAUUCGAAAGCGAAGUGCAGGCCUUGACAGAAACUCGUCACCGGAACAUCGUGAAACUCUUUGGUUACUGUUCUAAUCUAGAACGAGGAAUUUCAUUCUUGGUGUACGAGUUUAUAGAAAGGGGAAGCUUGAAAAAUAUUUUAUUUGACGGAGAACGAGCAGCGGAGUUUGAUUGGGCAAAGAGAAUAAAAUUCAUAAAGGGAAUGGCUGAUGCACUUUCUUACAUGCACCAUGACUGCACACCAGCCAUAGUUCACAGGGACGUAACCAGCAACAAUGUUUUGUUGGAUUCAGAUUACGACGCACAUAUCUCUGAUUUCGGUACUGCCGAG